AUGCCUGAGCUGGUGCCUUCAGAGGAAUUGCCAACGAAAGCCAAAGUCAGUAAAUCCAUACAAGCCGCGUGGGCAUAUAAGGGCCACCCCUCAGCUCGGAUGGGUGGAGGAACCGACAGGAGGCCGGGAGCCCCCAUCCGCCCCUUGUGGAGCUGCAGGAGCAAGGGUGUACAGCCAGCCAUGCUGGGCCUGUGGUCCCUGCUUCUGUUCUGGGGCCUGGCGACUCCAUGCCAGGGGCUGCUAGAGACGGUGGGCACGCUUGCUCGGAUUGGCAAGGAUGAACUCGGCAGAGCCAUCCAGAACUCACUGGUUGGGGGGCCCGUUCUGCAGAACGUGCUGGGAUCGGUCACAGCCGUGAACCAGGGCCUCCUGGGCUCAGGAGGGCUGCUUGGAGGAGGUGGCUUGCUGGGCCACGGAGGGGUUUUUGGCAUUGUCGAGGAGCUCUCUGGUCUGAAGAUUGAGGAGCUCACGCUGCCGAAGGAGUCGCUGAAGCUGCUGCCGGGGUUUGGGGUGCAGCUGAACCUGCACACCAAAGUGGGCAUGCAUUGCUCUGGCCCCCUUGGGGGCCUUCUGCAGCUGGCUGCGGAGGUGAACGUGACGUCGCGGGUGGCACUGGGUGUGAGCUCGCGGGGCACACCCAUCCUUAUCCUCAAGCGCUGCAGCACACUCCUGGGCCACAUCAGCCUGUUCUUGGGACUGCUGCCCACGCCACUCUUUGGAGUCGUGGAACAGAUGCUUUUCAAGGUGCUUCCGGGACUGCUGUGCCCCGUGGUGGACAGUGUGCUGGGCGUGGUGAAUGAGCUCCUGGGGGCUGUGCUGGGCCUGGUGCUGGGAUUUUCUCUGGCCACACUGCCUCUCAUCUCCAACCAGUACAUAGAACGGGACAUCAACCCUAUUGUGAAGAGUGUAGCUGGUGACAUCAUUGACUUCCUCAAGUCCCCUGCCCCAGCCAAGGUGCCCCCCAAGGAGGACCACACAUCCCAGGUGACAGUGCCACUGUACCUCUUCAACACCAUGUUUGGACUCCUGCAGACCAAUGGUGUCCUCGACAUGGACAUCACCCCUGAGCUGGAGGUCACUUUCGAUUGGUCAGGACUGGCAUAUGGAAUGAAGCCCACUUUCCGUCCCUGUAUCAGGCUCAAUGUCAAGGUGGUCUCCUCCUUUACCCAUGCCUUUGACGAAUCGCGUUUAAAAGAAUGGCUCAGCCAUGUGGUCCGGGUAGUGUAUGCACCAAAGCUUAAUGUGGCCCUGGAUGUUGGAAUUCCCCUGCCUAAGGUUCUUAACAUCAGUUUUUCCAAUUCAGUUCUGGAGGUCAUAGAGAAUGCUGUUGUGCUGACUGUGGCAUCCUGAGGCUGAGACAUGGCCACCAGCCCUCCCUGUG